AUGGAAAUGCAAGAACCAGAACCUGAAGAGAGAAAGCAGGAAGAAGAAAACAAGUGUGAGGCUGUGGGAGUAGAGUCAGUUCAAUCUGAAGACAAGGACAAGAUCAAACAGCAAAUUAAGCUGCUUUUCAGAAGACUCAAUCUUAGUCUGAUUCAACUGAAUUCACAAGACUUUCUGCAGGUAACACCAGUGAUGUUGCAGAGACAUGAACCUUGUGAGGAAAAGGACUUGGUUCAAACUUUCAUACAGAAACUCCUUAUGAUGGAUUACAGAGCAAGAUACAUUCAAAUAAAAGAAAGAAAACAGCUGAAGAGACACAGGACAAAAGUUUUAGAUACAGCACCUAGUGGUGCUUUUGAUAAUAUUUUUGGUAGGUCUGCGCCUGUUGAUGAAGUGAAUAAAAUGCAUCCUCUUCAUCCAAUGGACAUUCAGAUGGCAGUGUUUCUUCAUGCAGAUAAUUUUCUUCGCCAGCUCAUAGUAACCAAACUGUCACAGUGUCAGUAUGCUGUUCCUCUGCUUGUGCCCAAUCCUUUCUACCAAAGGAUUGAGUUUCCAUUAUGGACCUUCCGACAAAUAAAGAAGAGUUGGAAGUUAUAUGAGAAGAAUGAAAGCAAAAGUCAGGCAAUCUAUCAGGCAGAGACACCUAUGGUUGCAUUUUUUAGGUUGUCAGCAGUUUCUACAUCCAAAUCUCAAAUCAUGAACAGUUUGAUCAAUGAACGGCAUGAGACUUUCUUUCACAGGCACUGCCGUGGAAGCAGCAAAUCUCGUCUGCUGAUGGACGGAGUUGUUGAGAUUGCCUGGUAUUGCCCGUCUGGGGAGAAGAUGGAUAAAUUCACAGAUUGUGUUGCGUUCUGUAAUCUUCAUGGUGAUGCACAAGCUCAUGAGCCACAGCUAAAAAUCCUCACUGAAGAGUCCUCAAUAAAUGUUGUGAUUUUGCCUCAUCUGGAUAGAAGUCACAGAAGUAUGACAAUUGUGGAAGAUCUGUACAACAACUCAAAGCCACUUAUCUGCCUUCUGACUGAAGAGGAAUCUGUUGUUACAGAGAUGCGAGGAGGCAAAUAUAAAAUCGGUUUAAAAGAUAUAAAUAAAUUUGAGGUGUCUGAAGAACUGAGAAGAACCAUCAAUGAGUGUCUCUCAAAAACAAUUUCCAAGUUUAAACUUUCAGAUAUGGUCAAACACUCAGAAGUCAAAGUAGAUGAGAAUGAUGAAGACUGCAAGAGGGCACAUGAAAUGGCAAAACAGAUGACAACAUUACUAGAAAACAAUGAACUCUCUAAUAUUAAAGAAACAUUUCUGCCAUGUCAGGGAAAGUUGUGGCACGAUUGGUGUCAGAAGAACAAAGAACUACAUCGACCUCAAGGAAACAACAUUGAAAUGCAUAACAGCCAAAAACAAAUGGAAAUGUUUAAAAUCAGAGAAAAGCAGAAAGAAUCUGGUGUGACUACAUUUAUGAAGAUGUUUAUUGAAAAACUCAACUCUAGCAAAGAUAAUGAGAAGCUGUAUUUCAUCAGAUGGCUUGGGUUCCUGCUGGAUGAAUAUACAUCAGAAGACCUCUCAGCACUUCAUCAUAAAUAUGAUCAAAAAUGGUCAAUAGUGUUGGAUUUGAAAAAGAAACAUGAUAAAUCUGAGCAAUCAGAACAAAUACAACUUGAGAAAAUGUCUGAAAAACUCGAUGAAGCAACAUUUGGCUUGGAACACUUGUUGAGAGAGAUUGGCCAGAUUUAUGAAUCGCAUGAAUCUGUCAAGAAGAAUAAAGCAACAGUAUAUCAAUUUAAUGUUACUUCUCUCCCACGACUUGCCGCAGAGCUCAUGGUUUCUGGAUACCCGUUGGAGCUGAUGGAUGGUGAUGCAGCUCAUGUUCCUCUGAUAUGGGUUAAAGCUGUUCUAGAUGAGCUUAUCAAGAUACUAGGAGACCAGAGAGUCUUUGUCUUGUCUGUUUUGGGGAUUCAGAGUACUGGCAAAUCCACUUUGCUGAAUGCCAUGUUUGGAUUGCAGUUUGCAGUCAGCGCUGGCAGGUGCACCAGAGGAGCCUUCAUGCAGCUGGUCAAGGUGUCAGAAGAACUAAAAUAUUUAAAAUUUGAAUACAUUCUUAUUGUUGAUACUGAGGGGCUUUGUGCUCUUGAAUUGGCUGGCAGAUCAACAAGACAGCAUGACAACGAAAUGGCAACAUUUGUGGUUGGUCUAGGUAAUAUGACCCUGAUCAGCAUGUUUGGUGAAAAUCCAGCAGAGAUGCAGGACAUCCUUCAGAUUGUUGUUCAAGUUUUUUUCAGGAUGAAGAAGGUGCGACUGACUCCAAGGUGCAUGUUUGUGCUUCAGAAUAAUGGAGACGUCACAGCCGAUGAGAAGAACCUGAAGAGACGCUUAGAAGAGAAACUGGAUGAGAUGACUGAGUUGGCUGCUAAAGAGGAAGGUUGUGAUGUUGAAUUUUUCAGUGAUGUCAUUAAAUUUGAUAUUAAGUCUGAUGUGCGAUAUUUUGCCCAACUCUGGGAGGGCAGCCCACCUAUGGCUCCACCCAAUCCAUGCUACAGUGAAAAUGUGCAAGAACUUAAGAACGCUAUACUCUCUCAUGCUUCUGAAUCUAAUGGUGUAACACUGGGACAAUUCAGAGAUCGUAUUGGUGAUGUCUGGAAUGCACUUUUGAAUGAAAACUUUGUUUUCAGCUUUAAGAAUACUGUUGAGAUUGCAUUGUACAGGGCAUUAGAGGAAAAGUGUGCAAAAUGGACCUGGAGUCUCAGGAGUGCUAUGCUUGAUAACUUAAUUUGUCAAAAGGAAGCUCUCACCAAACUUGACUGGGAGAAAACACUGCAUGAGCGAAAACUCUUUAAGAAAAGCAAAGAGCUGGGUUUGAGUCUUAAACAAAAGCAACUUGAUGAGAAUGAGCUGAAGACAGAGUUUGAUAAAGUGUGGUGGAAGUGGGUCUCUGAGCUGGCAGGGGAUGUUCGCCCUCAUGAAGACAUUAAUAUUGUCAAUGAUAUACUUAAAAUUCUAGCUGAAAUUCAUGAAGACACACUUGUGUUGGAGAGAUUAAACAAAUUUGAAAGGAUAAUUCAAAUGACUGAUUUCUCCAUAUAUGUAAAUCCCAUUAAAAAAUUUGGUAUCCAUUUAGGAACCCAACUAUUUGGCCUUCCAUCAGAAGAACAACGGUCAAUAAAAAAUUUGGUUCAGAGUAUUGUUCGUGAAACUGAAAACCAGGUUAAGUCCAAAUCAGUUGCAAAGAUGGGUUACAACAAAAGCUACAUUCAAGAGAUUGCCCAAUCUGUAAAAACAAAUGUAGGAAACCACAAGUGCCUCCACACCCAGUAUGAAUUCAAGAAAGAGUUCACAGUGGAUUUGACUCUCUUUGUGUGCAGGUUGGCAGGUAUGAAGUUUGCAGAGCUCCAUCAGAUGUUCAGAGAAGCUAAUGAUCCAUUGAUUUAUUUAGAGAAAAAGAAACCUGAAUACUACAGCGUCUUUCAAAGUUUCUGCAGAGGUUCAACAUCUGCUGACGUUUUUGGGACCUUGAUUUGUAAUGAACUAAAAGAAGGCAUUCUCCAGAGUGUCUACAACAAAACUGCAUAUGAUCUCGCAGGAAAGAUGCGGAUGAAUAUUCCUGCUUUCAAAGGCAACAGAUCCAACCUGGAGAAACACAUUCUGAAAACCCUAGCAGAGGAGGAGGACUUUGACAAGUUCAUUAAGUACAUUCAUCAUCCCAGAGACUACAUUGAAGAUUUUAUCAAAGCUCAAGUUGAAACAUAUAUAACCUCAGAGAGUUCCUUAGCUCUUGCCAUUUUGAAAGUGAACAUUAGACACAAGGAGAACAUCAUAAUCACAGCUGCUGAAACCGCAACAGCUCAGGUCUUAGGUAAAAGAGGAGAUGUAAAUAUGUGGCUGGAAGUUUUAUCAUUCUGUUUGAAAGAUGAGCUUGAAUACAGUAAAGAACAUCUGACUGGUACCAGCUGUCAGGACAACAAUGACUAUGAACUUCUGGAAGAGGUUGUAAAGAAAGGACUUCGCCACAUCAUAGAAGAUCUAAACAAAGACCUGACAAACCCAUCUGAUAUUAGAAUGGCAAUGUUUAGGAAAUCCCCAGAUGAGAUUUUGAUUGAGCAUUUCUGUAAAUGUUGUUGGGUUCAAUGCCCCUUUUGUAAAGUUGUCUGUGUUAAUACAAUGGAAGAGCAUCCUGGAGAUCAUACUGCUCCCUUUCAUCGAAACUGUGGAAUGAGAGGGUUGACUUACAGAGGUACUCUUAAUCUUUGCUUGGAUUUCUGCACCUCUUCAGUGGCGAGUGAGAGUAUGUUUUUUUACCCCUGUCAUGAUUCAGAUGAUACAGUUUUAUGGAAAGAAUACAGAACGGCAGGUCCUGAGUUUGUAAACUGGUCCAUCAUAACUGAUUAUUUAGACCUGCCAUACUGGAAGUGGUUUGUGUGUAGAUUUCAGAAUGAUUUGGAAACGUAUUAUAACAGAACGUUUGAAGGGUGUGGUACAAUUCCAGAUAAUUGGAGAUCCUUCACAAAAGAGAAAGCUCUCAAAAGUUUGGAUACAUAUUUAUGAAGUGAGAAGCAGAUUGUUACUGGUGUAUAAAAUAUGUAGCAUAUUCCCUGGUCCAUACACAUAAAAAAACGAUUUUUUUUAAUGUUUAGUGUAGACCUAUACAGUAGGUAGGUGGAUCUAUGUAAAAUGUUGGACAAGUACCUGUGAUACAUGUUUUAGACUGACUCUGAAGCUUUUAAAAAGCAAAAACUUAGUUUCGAUUGGAGCUAUAAUGCCUACCCAGUUUAAUGAAGAUGCGUAUAAAUAGCACGAAGUGUGAAAAUCGUGCAAUACAUACACCAAAUUCCACUUUGGCGUGCAUAUGCCAGUCCUUCCCAUUCACUUAAACGGUGCAUCUUUUUUUGUUGUUUUAUUUAUUGGUUUCUCAAUUUUUUCUGUUUUUUAAACCAUUUUCGCGUGGGUUUAGGGUUGGAUUUGAGAUGUGCUUAAGGAGGUUAUUUAAUAUACAGGUUUCUCCAUGUUUUGUCUUUAUUUAAACCACGGUCGCUUGGAGUUGGGGUUAGAAUUGGGGUUUGGGUUAGAGUGUCAUUUUUAUAUAACAAAAAGUUGUUCUAACCCUAAACCCAAGUGAAAAUGGCAAAAAUAGCAAA